AAAGGAGUCAGUGAAGCAAACAGCAGUCCACAGACACUGCCUCCAGGUCACUGGAAAUUAGCACACUUCAUUAUUUUUCCCUGUGUCUCAAAGAAGAUAUAAAGAUGUUAAAGUUGUUGAUUCCAUUGACCUUUCUUCUGUGCACAAUGAGUUGUUCACCUGUUUUCAAAUCCCAGCACCGCCUUGCAGAUAAGUCAAGCAGCAAAAAGUUUUGGCCAUGUCGUCCUGUUCACAAAGGCGCAUCACAGCAACAAAACUGGGGUUUCCCGUUCCACUCUUCAUACAGAUUUACAUACCAACCUGGACAGGGUAUUGUUCUCUAUCAGCGUCCUCUAUGUCCCGUAAAACGUGUUCAUACUUCAACAUCAAGACCGUGCACCAAAAGGACCAGAGCCAGACCAUGGAUUUCAACCAAGAUGACUACGUUGCGCACUAGUAUGACAUCGGUCUUACCAACACUUUCUGCUAUUCCCUUAACUACAGGCAACAUAGCAGUUACAACAACCGCAUCCAUUACAUCAUCAACACCUGUGGCUGCCACCACUACAGGCCCUACUACAACCACACCUCCUACAACAGUGUCUACUACAACCACACCUACAAUGGUGUCUACUACAACCACACCUCCUACAACAGUCACUACAAGUACAACUAAUGGAAGGGGGGAUAACAGAAAAUGAAUGUAUUAAUUAAAAUUAUAAACCUAUCAAGAUGAGUACAACCCGAAUGCUGUCUUCUGAUUGGUUGCUGUAGAGGGCAUUAACUGUCAGGAAAUGCCCUCAGAAUGUCCACACAACCAUCACCGAUAAAGUACAGUAAGGUAUCAAUCCGCCAAAAAGAACAUCUAGUAUAACUGUCAACUGAUAGAAGCACAACAUAAAAAUGAAAGAAAAAAAACACAGUAUAAGAUUCUUUCAGAAGCUGAUGGACUCCAAAGCUGUGAAAUAAUGGCUAUAACAGGACACAAAAACGAAUCCUCUAUAAAAAAAAAUGACUGGGCUCCAUCUCUAUCCAACAAACAAGAAUGGUCUUCACAUCUUUCCAAAGUCCUAAUUUCUGAAAUUAUUAACGUCCACCAGCCGUCAAUAGUUGACAAUCAGCAGCAGCACAUUCAAAACCCAAAGCCUCAAUGCUUUGCUCCACCCCCAGAAACCUUAGCCCCGAACAUACCCGCUUGAAAUGAAUACAUUUUAAAACAAAUAAAAACAAUUAACUUUACAAAAGAAAUAACUACAAUAUUUAAAUUACUCAUUUAAUUAUUUUCUUUUGGUAAUAAAUUAAUGUGUUUAAUAAUACUGUUAGUUAUAGAAUCAGUUUGUUAUAUUUAAAACUGUUCUUUACUAAUAGCAGACGAAACACAACUGUCUUUUGUAUAAAUGUUUUCCCUGUCUUAAGUAAAUUAAAAACUAAACUGUAUUUAGAUUUUUGAAUGUUUGGUGUGUUUGUUGAGAAAAAAUAGUUUGCUUCACUGUUCACAAGAGGAAUUAUACCGUCAAAGAACCGAUGCAGUAGCACGGGAAAGGAGCACUGCAGCACACAGAAAAAGAAAAAAAAAGGUUAAAAAUCUUGAUGUUAUUGCUGUUAAAAGUCUAAACGGUUUAUAAUAGCAAUAAUGACCUCCAGGCAGGGAAUUUCCUGGCCUGCCUGUCGGUCACUAUUGCAUAAUUAGAAAAUGAUUCAGUACUGUCACCAAAUCAGCGUCCAGUUCUAGCAGACUCUAAUAGACGAUAGAUGCCCGCUGGGAACGUCUCAGCACCAGCUGUGAAUCAAAUUUAAAAUCAAUCCACGCAAGAGCUGGCUUUUUCUUUUUGACUUCUUGUAUUUUUAUCUAUUGGACAGUAAAUACUAAACAAAGACAUAAUUGGUCCAAAUGAAUUUUAUUAUCCACCAAAACCAGCCAAUCAGUACUUUGCAUCGACGAAAGCAACCAAUCCUGUACCUGCAACUGCCAAGAUCAAUCACAGACUGUCAGCUCGACUGGAGCACAUCUUUCAACAACACCAUAACGAGACCAGACAAUUCAGUAAUAUUGCUCCAUUCAUAUAUAGAUUCAGGAGAGAAAGGCUUUGGCUGAAAGUAGAAACAUGGUGAGUUAGGAGGCAUUUUAGAGUGGUAUUUAAUGAGAUAUUGUAUUUGUAGUUCAGACUCCAUCGUACACGGACUGUUCAGUAAUUGCUCCUUUCAUUCCUCAGGCAAUGUCCAGAUUAUAAAUAAAC